AUGGCCCAAACGCGAAACGCCUUCAUCAAGCUCAAAGAUGCCAUCAAAGACCUCGAGACCAUCACAAGCCAGGACCCGGAGAUGUACUACACCACCCGAUGGCCCGGGAUUUGCAUCGCAGAAAAUUUCGCAAGCAUCCCCGGCCAUACCUCGAUAGUCAUGAAGCGCCCAGACGCCCUUGAACGCACGACGGGCUUCAGCUACUUGUGGGACUCUACUUGGGAAAGAUCUCGCACACUUUCCGGUCCAACCGUGAACAUGGCAGACAGGGCCGGCAUUCGCGUACACUGUGUGCUCCUGGUCGAAGCAGUACUGUCGGAUGGCAUUGAGAUUCUUUACAAGCCGGCCGAUGGUCCUGGAGUUCGGACCCAGGUAAACUCAUUCACCGAGCGAGAUCAAGACCUCAUGGAUCACGUAGCAUCGAGGGAGUCCGCUCAGCGUCAAGGGCUCCAAGACCUGGAUGAUUCUGAGGAAGGCAUGAAACCAUCGUCGCGAGCAACCGGUAGCGAGGCCAGUGGAGAUGCUGUCAACGGUAAGUGA